AUGUGGAGACUACUCGAAGACUUUGUGGCCUUUUACUAUCCGGAACAGGGAGCAAGUGGUUCUUAUGUAGUUCCCGGGGUGGACCACUACGAUCAAAUCCCAAAUCUCGAUUUGUCAUUGUCUAUUGCCUACAAUGCAUGUAGUGUCAUUAAUUGGCGACAUAGCAAGGGCAGCGAUACACCAGUGCAACUUGCGGAACUACCGAGCUUGCUUUACCAUGUCAGGCACAGGAGGGUCACGGAACAAGUCGAUCGAGUCUGGGCAAUCGCUGGUGUCCUUUCUGAGAGUCUCCAAGCUCGACUUUCAUCCAAGAUUGACUACGGUGAAGGCUCUCGCUCCCAAUAUUGGACGACAUAUCUAUCCUUUUCCAAGGCUGUAUUCGAAGAGGAGCAGUCUCUGGUUCUUCUGAACAUUCCGCCAUCUGUCGGACAGCAUCACAUUGAGCUUCCAUCCUGGUGUCCUGAUCUCUCUUCCAGCGAGCUUGCAUGCAACUUGAAAAUCAACCACUCCUGGCGCGCGCGCCAAUUGCCCAAGGCGCGUCAACGCAUCUGGUGGUUUGAUCCCCAACACGAUGUGCAAAAGUGUGUCGAGAAACGAGCGGCUGUCGUUGAUCAUUCAUUGAAGUCGAUCUCAAUCAACAGCAACGACUCAAUCUUGAACGUCCGUGGAUUCGUCGUGGAUACCAUCGAAGAAGUCGUGGACGGAGCUGGCCUGCUUCCUCUGUGGCGUCGUGACCCUUGCAACGAUUGGCGCGACCUCGAUCCAGCGAACGCGGCCAUCCGCACUAUCGUAGCAUACUAUCUCCAAGCACUCAAACUCGCUCAACGUACUCGUUGCAAGCAAGAUGACACAACGCUUCCGAGAGAGUUUGUGUCCUGCCUCUUCCGCGACAGCCGUUUCAGCACCGAGGCAGAAAGAUUUUGCGUCGAUAUGUUCCACAUGCUUGAACUUGUCAUGGAAGGUAUGGAGGAAGGAUACAGACAUAUUGCUCCCGACAAAAGACACUGGGGUGCAAAGUUGUGGCGCAUUUUGACCAGGUUGAUUGGACACUCUUUCUUUGCCACAAGCAGUGGUCGUUUUGGUAUCGCUUCCCCUGGUUGCAAGCCUGGGGAUGGAACAUGUGUUUUCUAUGGUGGCGAACCGCUAUAUGUAUUGCAGCAUGAGGGUACUGGAGUAGAGGCCAAGGCUGUAAAAUUCGGUGGUGUUGCGUUCAUCCCGCAUUUGAUGGACCAGGACCAACGGGACGAUGCACGGCUUGGUCCAGAUGAGACUUUUGCCAUAAGCUGA